CCGACAUGAAAAUCUUUCAAGUCUAGUCCAAUAGAAAUCCCGAUAAAGUUCAUGGUGAUGGGUACAGCCAAGCCCAGGAUACACCCUCCAGACUCCAGAGUCCACUGUGGGUUUCCCAGCUUAGUCCCCCUCCCCAGCCUCCUCCCUGCCGUAAGAUGUCUGCCGCUGACAUUGUGUGUCCCAAGAGCAAAUCAAGGAAACUGGGUAUGCACUGUACAGCAUUCUACUAAGCUGAGAUGUGAACUGAAGAUGCGAUCGCAUGGGCUAUAGCAUUGAUCAUUCGUCAAACUGCACAGCCAUUAGAUGGCUUGGACUACGAGCAGCAGC